GUGAAAGAAGCUUGUGCGCAUGCGCUCCGCAUGGGUCGGUGGCCGCGCUGCAGCAGCUUGUCUGAGCCUCCCCACCUCUCUCAAUCGCCAUGAGCUUCUUGCUGCCCAAGCUCGGCAGCAAAAAGGAGGUGGAUGAGGCAAUCAAGAGCGUGGCCGAGAAAGUCCUGGUCCUCCGCUUUGGUAGAGAUGAAGAUCGUGUCUGCAUGCAGCUGGACGAUAUUCUUGCAAAAACAUCUCAUGACUUAAGUAAAAUGGCUGCAAUUUACUUGGUGGAUGUAAACAAAGUGCCAGUGUACACCCAAUAUUUUGACAUCAGCUAUAUUCCAUCAACUGUCUUCUUUUUCAACGGGCAGCAUAUGAAGGUGGAUUAUGGAUCUCCAGAUCACACUAAAUUUGUGGGAAGUUUCAAAACAAAACAAGACUUCAUAGAUUUGAUUGAGGUGAUUUACCGUGGAGCAAUGCGUGGAAAACUCAUCGUACGAAGCCCGAUUGAUCCAAAGAAUAUUCCCAAGUAUGACCUUCUGUAUCAAGGCAUUUAACGCCCCACUGGGAGAGGAGUGACAGGUGGAAUAUGAACUGCUUAAAGCUGAUGAUUCCACGUCUUCUGCAAACAUAUGCCAAUUGCAUUUUGAAAGCGAAUGGAAGAAAGGAGCCGAGACUGGUCUUUUGUACACAGGAUCAUAUUGGUCAGCCUCAGAGACAGACAUUCAUUAAUUCAUUUUUCAAUGGAAUUGACUGGAAUUGCUUAGGCUGCAACUUAUUUAAUUCUAAUAUGUCAAAGAAGCUGCAGUAGAAUAAUAUGUUCUUGUUCUAAAUAAAUGCUUUCGGGCUAUAUAAGGAUAUAA